CCCCCUAGUAGGAAAUGAGGCAGAGUAGGAAUAACACUUUAAAAGCCUAACACCCUCUUCCUCCUGACAUUCCCUGACCUCUUUCUAUCCUCUGCUGAACCUCUGCCUGUUCCCAGACAGCCUCACUUCUUUCCCCCCGGCUGCAGCCAGUGGAACCCCCCAGCCUGACCCCGCCGGGAGCCCAGGGGGGGAAUCAAGAACUUCAGGAUGCUGACAACUUUGCUGCCGCUACUACUGCUGCCUGGCUGGGUCUUUUGUAGCCAGGAAGCCUCAGAGGCCGCCAGCUCCAACGCCAGUGUCCCUGACGCGCUGACGCUGCCCCCAGGCCCACAGAGCCUCCACAUGCUCCAGAUCUCCUACUUCCGCGACCCCUAUCACGUGUGGUACCGGGGCAACGCGUCGCUGAGUGGACAGCUGACACACACGCUGGAAGGCCCGGGCAACAACGUCACGAUCCUCCAACUGCAGCCUUUGGAGGAUCCCGAGAGCUGGGCACGCACGGAAAGCAGCCUGCAGCUCUACCUGAGCCAGUUUCAAGGCCUCGUGCGACUGGUGCAUCAGGAACGGAAGCAAGGCGUCACCUUUCCUCUCAUUGUCACCUGCUUCCUGGGCUGUGAGCUGCCUUCCAAGGAUUCAGAGGCCCGAGUCUUCUUUGAAGUGGCUGUGAAUGGAAGCUCCUUUGUGAGUUUUAAGCCAGAGAAAGCUCUGUGGGUGGCAGCCCCCGGGGAACCCUCCAGAGUGGUCACCUUUACUCUGAAGCAGCUCAAUGCCUACAAUCGCACUCGAGAUGAACUGCAGGAAUUCCUACAGCAUACCUGUGUUCAGUAUGUGCAGCAACACAAACAGAUCGCCACAGACAAUUCCAAAGGGAGUCAAAGAGGCCGCUCCUACACUUCACUGGUCCUGGGUGUCCUGGUGGGCAGUUUCAUCAUUGCUGGCGUGGCUGUGGGCAUCUUCCUAUGCACAGGUGGACGGCGAUGUUAAUUACUCUCCAACUGCCUCUGAGAAAGAAAUAGAUUGAUGAGGACUGGCAAGAGAAGGUUUCAGUCACAUGAAGUCAGAUAGACUCUCCAACUGGGACACAAUAUCCCAGAAGGUUUGGAGUGACAGUUUCUUUCUUCUCCAAGAUCUGCCCACCAAGGGACAUGGAGAGGCGAGGGAGAUAAAGUACUUGGUUUGUUAAGAACCUUAGGAGUGCUGAAGAGAAGGUGGGGUGGGGAAAGAACCUAACAACUUUCCGCAUCAUUGAAUUGGUCUGAAAAAUGAGUGCUUAUCUAUCUUUGUGGAAAACAGACGAUGGAGUUGGGGCAGGGAGUGUCUAUGGCCUGUCCUCCAAAGAGAGAUAGAAUUGCCUGAGGUAUUCAAAACACAAAACCAAAUAAAACAAGUUGUCCACAACCAAAAUAAAUAACAUUCAGUGUC